AUGGAUCGAUCAACUCACUCUAAUGCUCGACCAUCUAGUGGGAGUAAAGAUAAAAAUGAUCAAGGAAAAAAGGAACAUGUCAUAACAUAGUUAGAAUAGAUUAUUAUGGAACGUUUGAGGAGUGCUGUCAAAGAUAUUGAAGUUGAAUAAGAAAAACAGAUGAAGUAAAAACAAGAUUAAGGGAAAAACGAUUAAGUGGCUGUGGCUUUAUGGUAGAAAAUUAAGGGAUGGGCAACUGAGCAACCAUUUAAGAGAAUAGCAAACCAAAUUGUGGAUAACCAAAAAAUACCAUAAGAAGCUAGAUAAAGAUUCAGCAAGCCCUUCUUGGAUUAAUAAAAAUUGAUUUUGAAUAUCGAUUAGGACAAGUCUAAAGUUAAAAUUAAGUUAAAUGAAUACUAUUAAACUUUGGCCAAAUCAACUCAAGAUAAUAUGAAUUCAAUUAGUGUUAGUCUUGGUAGAUUAGCAAAUUCGGGUUGUUGUGGAAAGGGAGAAGCCUUAAAAAAUUUUGAAAACGAAUUUAGAAAAAUAGAGUUUGACUUUAUUUAAUGGGCAGCGUUGCCUAAUUUAGAAAAUAAUAAUGUUGAUAUUGUUGUAGUUAAAACCAGUCUUAAUUAUGACGAUUUUAGAUCAUUCCUAAUUAAGCAAUUAAAUGAUUAUUUUCCUAGUGCAGCAGGAGAAACUAAGAUAAUCGAGAAACCUGUUGAUAAAAUAGUAUAUGUGGAUAAACCAGUUGAUAAAAUCGUUUAUGUUGAUAAGCCUAUUGAAAAGAUAGUAUAUGUGGAUAAACCUGUUGAGAAGAAAGUGGUUGAAUAUGUUGAGAAGGUUAAAGAAGUUCAAGUCUAUAGAGAUUAACCUGUUUCGGAUGAUAGAUUGAGAACUGCACAUGAGAUGCUCUACGGUAUUGGGAAACCUUAGAAUAUCACUGAGGCUCUAAAUUUAUACUAUGAAUUGGCAGAAGUAAACUAAGACGUUAAUGCGCAAAAUGUUAUAGCCUAAAUAUUUUCUGAAGGCAAAUUCUUCCCCAAAGAUUUAAACAAAGCAUAUACUUAUUGGGAGAAGAGUGCCGCAGCAAAAAAUGCAGAAGGUUUGUAUAGAAUCGGUCGUUUGCUAUUAGAUGAAUUGAUUGAUGGAUAGAUGCUAUCUCAAGGGAAAUUAUAGACAAAGGAUGAGUAAAAGUCAGAGGCUGUUGUAUUCUUUUAGUAGGCAAGUGAAUAGGGACAUUUGGAUGCACUGGUAGAUUUGGGAGAGAUAUUUGAGAAUGGACUCAAAAGCGAAGAUGGGGAAUAAUAUAUACAAGAUCCCAGUCUAGAUUCAGCCUAGUUCUACUAUUCUUAGGGAAAGAAAGUCAGAUAUCCUAGAGCUAUUAAUGCACUAGGAUUAUUUUAUUACAACCAUCCAGAUUAUUAAGAAAUAGUAGUUGGAAAUAACUAUCGUAAAGCUAUCAAAUACUUCGAAAUGGCCAAAGAACUUGGUUAUGCCAAUUCGCUCUAUUGGUUGGCAUAAUGUCAUGAAUUUGGUUAAGGAGUUGGAGUCAAUUUAGAGUAGGCAAAAAGCUAUUAUAAAGAAGGGGCAUUGAAGGGGGAUGUUGCUUGCAGACUGUAAUACAUGCAUUUUGUGAUGAAAGAUUGCAGCAAUUCAGGAAGGUAGGAAGAUUAUUUAUUUGCUCAUUAAUACUUGAUUCAGAUCAUGAUUCAAAACCCAGAAAUCACAGAAGUCUAUUUCUAUUUAGGACAUCUCUAUGAGUGUGGGUUUGGAGUGUAAAAGGAUGCUCAAAAUGCUAUCCAUUAUUAUUUUAAAGGAGCACAACUAAAGAAUUCUAGUUGCAUGACAAAAUUAGGAGAUUGUUACCAUAGUGGAUUUGGUGUACCACAGAAUUAAAGAGAGGCUCUUAAAUUUUACAGGGAGGCUGCUGAAUUGAAGGAUUCAGAAGCAUUAAUUAACAUGGGUCUCAUUUAUGAAUAGGGAUAUGAAGGAGUCAGUAUAGAUUUUGCCAAGGCUUUCAAUGCUUAUGAAGAGGCUUCGAAAUUAGGGAAUGCCAAGGCUGAUUUCCAUUUGGGAUUGAUGUAUGAGGCUGGGAAAUACGUUAAAAAGGAUGUCAAUUAUGCAAUACAAAGAUAUUAGAGAUCUGCUCAAAUGGGAUGUCAGGAGGCUAGGGAUCUGCUGAAAAAGAAAUAGAUCCCCAUGUUGUAUGAUGAUUCAGGGUUAAAUGAUUAAGAAAUGAAUAUGCAUGCUGCAAAUAGAAAUGCUCUCAUGCUUAAUGAGGUUAUCCCCAUGAUUUAGAAUCCCUAUAUCAUUCAGCAAGUGAAAAAAACUAAUUAAUCAAUCAUUGCCUACAAAUCUCAACAUCAGGAAAUGGGCGAGGGAAAAAUGAUCAGUAUCCUUGCUCAACCAACUGCAACUCAAUCCAAUUAUGUGCAAAGCUAUUAUUAGAAGCCAGGCUAGUAACAUUGAGGUUAUGGGAAAUGAUUAUUCUUAUAUAAUAUUUU